AUCGAACAUCGGUCGCCAGCAGCUUGUUACACAGCUUUGCGCCAGUCCGAGCAGUAGCCUCAUGGCACCGCCGAUACUGCUUCUCGCAUGGAGCCUCCUCCUUGCGUGGGCUGCGCCGCUUGCCGCCGCUGAUAGCACGUGCCCGUCCAUCUGCACGUCCGACGAGUCGUCCUGGGCCGGGUUCACCACGGACGGCAAGGUCAAUAUCUGCAUGUGCAAGACCAGCACCUCUGGCUGCGACUGCAAGCAGAACAACCCGAACGUCUACUGCUUCAAGUUCACGACCGACACGCCCGGCAAGGUGCUUGGUGUUCUGGCCUUGGAACCGCAAUCCUCCGGGGGCUGCGAAUCGGGGCUUACCGACUGCCGCUGCAGGACGAGCACGAAAACGCCGGCGCCAACGACCGUAACGGCGGCCCCCACUUCGUCGCCGACCACCGAGUCGCCCAAGCCGACGCCGUCCACGGCGAGCCCCACUACGAGUACGUCCCCAGGUACAACGUCCCCAGCCACUACACCCGUCGUGACGACUGAUGGACCUACUGCUUCUCCCUCUGCCACUCCCACCUCUGCUCCUCCCACCUUGGCGCCUACGACAACACCUACGACGACUCCACCAGGUUCCAGCUCGCCGUCGUCCGACUCGAACGGCUCGUCGCUACAAACAUGGCAAAUUGGCCUCAUCAUUGGCUCUGGCGUUCUCAUUCUCGGCGUCCUCUGCACGCUCUGCUGCCUCUGGCGCUCGAACCGCGAGCGCAUCGAGCGCCACGAAAACGUCGAAGAGGACGAAGAGUUUUACCGCGAGAACUACCAAACCAACAAGCGCCGCUCGUCCGAGAUGCACCAGUUCCACCCGUCCUCGAGCAAUCUCGCGCGGUCCGCGACCCGCGCCGACUCGGCGCCGCUCGCCCCUGCAACCAGCAACUACGCCGACGAGACGUACUCGGCCAUUAUCAACGGCAACGACCUCUACUCGCGCCGCGGUAGCAACGGAAGUCUCCUCCUCACCAACCUGCACAACCCGACGUCGCCCGCGCGCCCGGGCAUGGAUGACAGCAAUCGGUCGUCGCUCAAGCCGUUGCACCCGCUCGUCGACGUCUAGUCGCACCUAGUCGCUCGAUUCCACAUUGCCACAUAUAACCUCGACGACACAGCAUAUAUAUCAUCCACC